CCAUAGAGGCUAUUAAGUGAUAAACUCCGGGACAGAAAAUGGCGACGGCGGGGAGCCGGACCUCGUCGUCGGGAAUAUCUGAGUUGAAUAACGGCAUAAACGUUGGAAGUGCUUCUCAGGGCUAUUCAGGUUCCCCUGGUCUUCCGAGCAGUCCCGGCACGGCGAAGAACAGGACCGGGGAAAACUCACAAUGGAGACGUAAAGACUUGCGGAAAGUGAGAAGUGUGGAUCUGGACAAACCUGAGUCGCUGCUCCUAUCGCCAGAGACCGGGACGGCUCCAAUAUCAGCGCAGCUGCACUUCUUGUCCGUUUCCUCGCCUGGUGCAGUGCAGGCGACCCUGCUACAGCAGACUCGCCACAUUCAGCAGAGCAAUUCUGUAACCGAUAAUCCGCUUUCAGAUAAUACGAGUAAUACUAAUAGUUUAUCUACAGCCGCUCAGGAAUUGUUGAAUACUUCUUUAAAAAACAGCAGCGACCAUCUCAGCGCUGAUUAUGGUGUCCCCGGAACUUCUGUGGAAGUAGUCGCUACACAAAAUAGCCGAGAGAUGGACAGCAAGGACACCCUGAGGGGGCUGCAGAAGAUGGAGGACCGCCCGGAGGAGCGAAUGAUCCGCGAGAAGCUCAAGGCCACCUGCAUGCCCACCUGGAAGCACGAGUGGCUGGAGAGGCGGAGCAGGAAGGGACCUGUGGUGGUGAAACCCAUUCCACUGAGACCGGACGGCAGCGAGGCAGGGCGGCAGGGGGGCGAGGGCGGAGGGGACACGCAGGCGCCCACGUCCCCCCAGUCCCGAGGCCGUCGCAGCCCCUCUCCCGGCCCCACCUCUUCCUCCUCUUCCUCUUGCUCUGGAAAGAACGGCGGGAAGCCCGAGUCUCCCGGUGUGCGCCGGAAGAGAGCGUCCCCGGUCCCAUUUCAGAGCGGGCGAGUCACCCCCCCUCGACGUGCGCCCUCCCCAGACGGUUUCUCUCCUUACAGUCCCGAGGAGACCAACCGCAGAGUGAAUAAGGUCAUGAGGGCCCGCCUCUACCUGCUGCAGCAGAUUGGGCCCAACUCCUUCCUGAUUGGUGGAGACAGCCCCGACAACAAAUACAGGGUUUUCAUUGGCCCACAGACCUGCAGCUGUGGCCGAGGGACCUUCUGCAUCCACGUCCUCUUCGUCAUGCUCAGGGUCUUCCAGCUGGAGCCCUCCGACCCCCUGCUCUGGAGGAAGACCCUCAAGAACUUUGAGGUGGAGAGCUUGUUUCAGAAGUACCACAACCGGCGGAGCUCGCGGAUCAAGGCCCCCUCACGCAACACCAUUCAGAAGUUUGUCUCCCGCAUGUCCAACUCGCACACGUCCUGCACGUCCAGCACCUCCUCGUCGGGCAACGAGAACAGCAGCCUGAAGGAUGAGGAGGAGCAGAUGUGCCCGAUCUGCCUGUUGGACAUGCUGGACGAGGAGAGCCUGACCGUGUGUGAGGAGGGCUGCAGGAACAAGCUGCACCACCACUGCAUGUCCAUCUGGGCCGAGGAGUGCAGGAGGAACCAGGAGACCUUAAUCUGCCCCCUCUGCAGAGCCAAGUGGAAGUCACAUGACUUUUACAGCCAUGAUCCAGCCGCCCAGUUGGACGGUGCAGGCGCUCGCUCCCAGAAUCAGGCAUCAUCUCACAGUGAGGGACAGAGGCAAGGCCAGGAGGGCGACUUCACGCUCCCUCACUACGGCGUCCAGCAGAUCCCUCAGACAUACAAAGAGCUGGCAGAGCCCUGGAUCAAGGUCUUUGGGCUGGAGCUGGUGGGCUGCCUGUUCUCCAGGAACUGGAACAUCCGGGAGAUGGCCCUGCGCCGGCUGUCACACGACGUCAGCGGCGCGCUGCUGCUGGCCAAUGGGGAGCGGUCCUGCCUGGGGGCGGGGCUGGGAGCCGCGGCGGGCCGGGAGGCGUCCGGGGACGUGGUGGUGGAGUCCUGCUGCAGCGUCCUCUCCAUGGUCUGCGCAGACCCCGUCUACAAAGUCUACGUGGCCGCGCUGAAAACGCUGCGCGCCAUGCUGGUCUACACGCCCUGCCACUCCGCGACCGAGAGGACGCGACUGCAGCAGCUGCUCCGGCCCGUGGUGGAGACCAUCCUGGUCAAGUGUGCGGACGCCAACAGCCGCACCAGCCAGCUGUCCGUGUCCACUCUGCUGGAGCUGUGUAAGGGCCAGGUGGGAGAGCUGGCUGUGGGCCGGGAGAUCCUCAAAGCAGGGUCCAUUGGUAUCGGCGGAGUGGACUAUGUGCUGAACUGCAUUCUGGGAUCUCAGACGGAAGCCAAUAACUGGCAGGCCCUGCUGGGACGCCUGUGCCUCAUCGACCGCCUCCUGCUGGAGUUCCCAGCGGAGUUUUACCCCCACAUCGUCUCCAGCGGGGACAUGCACCAAUCACAGACUCUGGUCGAGAGGUAUCAGAAGCUGCUGCCGCUGCUGAGCUUCGCGCUGCAGUCCAUCGAUAACUCGCACUCCAUGGUGGGGAAGCUGUCGCGGCGCGUCUUCCUGAGCGCGGCCCGCAUGGUGGCCCGCGUGCCGCACGUCUUCGUCAAGCUGCUGGACAUGCUGAGCGGCACCAGCUCCACGCACUACGCCCGCAUGCGGCGCCGCCUGCUGGCCAUCGCCGAGGAGAUGGACAUCCUGGAGGACGUGCAGGCGGGGGAGGGGCCGCAGCCCGACUACCCGGAGCCGGCGGCCCCGCACAACUCGCCCGACGUCACCGAGAACAACACCCCCACGCCCACGCCCACGCCCACCGUGCAGCUGGCGGCCCGGACUCCCCGCUGCGCCGCCGCCCCCGCCGCCGCGGGCCUCCCCGCCCCGGGGCCGCCGGCUGAGCCCCCGAAACCCCCCGCGCAGCCCCGCGGCAGGCCCCCGAGCCAGGGCCUGAACUCCCCCUCCUCCGGCCACGCCCCCGCCCUGCCCUCCCCCUCCGCCUCGCACCCGCCCCCCUUCCCGGGGCCCGACAGCCCCAAGGCCCGCCCUCAGGGCUUCGGCCCCGGCAAGCUGGCGGUGUCCUCGCCCGGGGCCCAGCGCAGGCCCCCCCCGCCGAAGCUCUCCGGCCCCCCCGCCGCCGGCAGAGACGCGGAGAAGCUGUCCCCCGCCUUCACCCAGGCCCGCCCCCUCCCCUCCAGCCAGAUCCACAGACCAAAAGCCUCCCGCCCCCCCGGCGCCGAGGGCCAGGGGAGGGGGCCCGGCCCAGCGGGCAAGGGGGGCAUGAAGCUGGAGCUGCAGGACGGCGCCUGCGGCGGGAGGCCCAGCGGCGGGGCCCUCAUCCCCAGCGAGGACACGGUCUUCACCCCCGUGGAGGACAAGUUCCGCAGCCUGGACGCCUCGGCCGAGCUCAACUCCAGCAUGGAGGACCUGCUGGAGGGGGCGGAGCCCGCCGCCGACAGCACCGUCACCUUCAAGUCGGAGGUGGCGGUGCUCUCCCCGGAGCGGGCGGGCGCCGAGGACGCCUCCUACACCGACGACGUCACCCACAACCAGAAGUGCAAGGAGAAGAUGGAGGCGGAGGAGGAGGAGGCGCUGGCCACCGUCAUGGCCAUGUCCGAGUCCCAGGACGCCCUGCCCGCCAUCCCCCAGCUGCAGGUGGACAAGGGGGAGGACGUCAUCAUCAUCCAGGUGGACACCCCAGAGACGCUUCCUGGCCAUACCAAAGCAAAGCAGCCUUACAGAGAAGGAGCGGAGUGGCUGAAGGGCCAGCAGAUUGGGCUGGGGGCCUUCUCCUCCUGCUACCAGGCCCAGGACGUGGGCACCGGCACCCUGAUGGCCGUAAAGCAGGUGACCUACGUGAGGAACACCUCCUCGGAGCAGGAGGAGGUGGUGGAGGCGCUGCGGGAGGAGAUCCGCAUGAUGGGCCACCUCAACCACCCCAACAUCAUCCGCAUGCUGGGGGCCACCUGCGAGAAGAACAACUACAACCUGUUUGUGGAGUGGAUGGCAGGUGGCUCGGUGUCCCAUCUGCUGAACAAGUACGGGGCCUUCAAGGAGGCCGUGAUCAUCAACUACACCGAGCAGCUGCUGCGGGGCCUGGCCUACCUGCACGAGAACCAGAUCAUCCACAGAGACAUCAAGGGUGCCAACCUUCUGAUUGACAGCACGGGGCAGAGGCUGAGGAUCGCAGACUUCGGAGCGGCUGCCAGGCUGGCCUCUAAGGGCACGGGGGCGGGAGAGUUCCAGGGCCAGCUGCUGGGCACCAUCGCCUUCAUGGCCCCCGAGGUGUUGAGGGGGCAGCAGUACGGGCGCAGCUGUGACGUGUGGAGCGUGGGCUGUGCCAUCAUCGAGAUGUCCUGCGCCAAGCCGCCCUGGAACGCAGAGAAGCACUCCAACCACCUGGCGCUCAUAUUCAAGAUCGCGAGUGCCACGACGGCGCCGGCGAUCCCGCCGCACGUGUCCCCAGGCCUGCGGGACGUCACCCUGCGCUGCCUGGAGCUGCAGCCCGCCGAGCGGCCGCCAUCUCGCGAGCUCCUCAAGCACCCCGUCUUCCGCCUCAACUGGUAGACCUCGCCCCGCGCCUCUGCCGCAUCGGAGAGUACUACUGAGGGCCUCGCCUGAACGCCUGCUCCCCUCUCCGCUCCUACGCCCCCUCCCCGCCCUCCCCGCCCCCUUCCCCAGCCCCUCAAGCUGCUGUGCCGCCCCUCAGCACCAGGCUAGACGAGUAAGAGCCGCUACCCUGUGCCGGGGUCACUGUAAGGCACGCGUCCCCAUGCGGCCGCCCCAAACUGCUGUACCGUAGCACAUAAUGCAACAACAGUCGCAAGAUUUGCUUCUAAAUGGUGCCUUUUUAGAAGUGCGAUGUUGGUCUUCAGUUGACCAGCUUUAAUUACAGUCCCGUGUCUUUUUUGUAUUUUUUAUUUUAUUUUUUAAUCGACUACGAUGUUAUGCUCUGUAAAAGGCAGUCCUGUGGUAAACCGGUUUUUUCUCUGCACUUUUGUAGCCAUCUUCAUUGUGGCGAGGUUAGAGUAGGGUCUCUCUUUCUGAACCUCGCAAGUCAUUAAAAAAAAAAAAAAGAAACUUACAAAAAAUUUGACAGUGGAGUAAGAUGCUUAUAUUACGGCUUCAGUUAUAAAGUCUUGUUGUAUGUUUUUUAAAUUUUCCGAAUCAAUCAUUGUAUUUUUAAAAAAGAGAAAAAUCUUGUCUAGAAGAAAGGAAAUGGCUGUAUUUUUUUAAUCAGUUGGAUUUUUGCAUAUACUACAUUUGUUAAUGUAAGUAUAUGACGAUGCCUCUGAUCUGUGCAUUUUACUGUUGGGCCAUUGAACUUGGCUGAGCAAUCAGAAAGAUGGUUUAAGUGUUUCAGGGAAAGAUGAAAUCUAAACAAAAUUUUUGCUUGUAGACACAAUGCUGAAUGUGAACAUUUAUGAUACCGGUAUUUCAAAGAUUUGUCUUCACAUUUUUUUAUGAUAGAGAAGUCCCAUUUAGGUGUGCAUAUUUUACACACACACACGCACACACAUUGUCUUUCAGACCUUUGAAUUUGAGAUCUUUAUAGUGUCCUAAUGAAAGGUUUCUGGGACAGGUUUUGCAUUUGGGUCACAGUAAACAUCCUACUGGUUUUUCACUGUUAUGUUAGAUGAAUCUGAUGAAAAUGUUUUAUUUGGAUGUUGUCAUUUCAUAAUUUCUCAUGAAGCUGUGUCCAGUUUCAUUUGAAACAAACAUUUCUACCGCUGUUGGUUAUAAUCAAGCUUUCUUUUUCUUCUGGUGCUGUUCCUUUGUACAUUGUGAUACUAAAUUGUUAAUUCCUUUCGACUUGGGAAUUAUUUCAAUUAUAUAUUUUUUCAAAAAGUGAAUAAAUGUACUGAGGUUUUCUAAAUCUUUUCCACCAGGGAAUUUCCAUAGUAAAAUUACAAUGCUGUAAACAUAUUUUUCUCUCUCCUUUUUCUGCUUGGUGGGGCUAUGCAUUGCAAUCUUCAAACUUCUCAUAACCUUUUUAUAUCAGCUCAUCUCUUUGUUUUAGUGUCUUAGAGCAUGUUCUGAAAUCAUUGUAAUUUUAUGAUCUGUAACUCUUCAAGUGUUGUUAUUCUGGUUGUAGUCAGUCAAGAAAGUAAAACUGAAAAGAGCUGAGUGGUUACACUCUGUUAAAUGUGAAGAAUUAUGAACAAAAAUAUAUUUUUAAAGGAAAUAAGCAGGCUUUGUGCUAUAUUUUCCAUUUGAAAUCCCAAGAUGAUUUGACAUGGGAUAUCAAUGUUGACUUUGUGACAAUUUCAAAAAGAACAUUUUUAAACUAAAUUGAUACUGUAUUUAAUGCAAAGUUAUAUUUCUUUAUGUGGAGUACAAGCUUGACAAAGCUUGAAGAGUUAAAAUGUAAAUAAAUGUGAAGUUUGGUAGCUAAAUUUAAUGUACUUGACCUGUAUUUUUAUACCACACCUUUUCCAUAAAUACAGAAAUUAUUUUUUGUUCCUGCUUUGGGUAAUUUUUCUUAUCCUACUUUCAAUGUCUUUUUUAAAAGCUUUAAAUUUAUGCACUCUUGUCUUUUUAUAUACUGGAAAUAUCCUGUUUCUGUCAGAUUCAUAAAAGCUAAUCAGUAUUACUUCAACAUGUUAUGCCUAUAAUUCUUACCAAUUUCUCCAUGCUUUUUGAAUUCUCUUCUUAUCUGCCUGUAUCUCCACCAGCUUGCUGGUCUGAUUUUAUGUAUUUUAUUUUUCUUAUUUUAAAUAAGAUGUGAUAUAAUCUUAUUUCCUUUUUUGGAUCGGAGCUGGACUGAAAUUGUCAAUUGUUUUGUGCCGUUUCCUGUGUCACUUGGUGGUACUUUGUUUUUUUUUUGUUUUUUUGUAAAGAACGUCUAUUGCUGUUUUAUUCCAGUCUCUACUACCUCAGGUGUCCUAUAGAGUUUUCUUCUACCAAAGUUCACUUUCUCAAUAUAUAUUCUAUUUGACUGUAAUUUGUUUUUGAUUUUUUUUUUCUUCUUCAAAGAUUUCCAGGGCUUAAGGGCUAACUUCUUUUAGCACCUUUAUUGUGCAAAUAAACUCAUGAAAUCUCUGGGUUAAGAAAAAUAAGACUGGCUUAAGCUGUAUCCUUUGUAAUUUUAAAUAUAUCAAGAUAUUUUAAUUAUUAAAAGUUUUUACCCCAUUUGAAGCAUUUUAUAGCAUAAUUUGGACUUAUUUUGGUGUUUGUCUUUCUAGUAAAUAAAAGAAAUUGGGAAAAAUG